GUGAAAAUUUUUGAAUGAAGUAGCGUGCUGUUAUUGUUAUUUUUUAAAAGUUCCGAGAAUUUAUGUAAUCUAAUUUCUGAUAAGUGUACCAACUUACCAAUUUAUUCUUUAAUGAAUUUAAAAAACACUACUUUAGUUGCAUAAAAUAUAAAAGUACAAAAUGGCUCGUGGAAAGGAUAAAAAAAAACGCAAGUUAGAAAAGAAACAAGAGGGAGAUGAUGUACCUAAGAAAAUCCCUCACACGUUGGAAACUCUUCGUGAAAAAGAUGAGACGAUGCUCGUUAAUGCUGACACCGAGGAACAAGAGGAGGCACAAAAAGAUAUGGAACUUGAUGAACUUUCAACAUACUAUGAGAAUUCGUAUGAGCCAAAAGUGCUGAUCACAUACUCUGAUAAUCCACACAGUAAAACUAGAAUAUUCGGAAGAGAACUGACUAGGAUUAUACCUAAUUCUUUAUCGAGAUACAGACAGAGGUCAUCAGUGAAACGUAUAGUACAAUCAGCAAUCAGAGAAGACGUCACAGAUGUGAUUAUAAUUAAUGAGAACCAACGGCAGCCUAAUGGUUUUCUUCUCAUCCAUUUGCCUGCAGGUCCCACUGCGCACUUCCGUCUUUCUAGCUGUAAGAUCACACCAGAACUAGGAAAGGACCAUAAAGAAAUUACCAUACACAGACCAGAGGUCGUCCUCAACAACUUCAGUACACGAUUGGGUCUGACCGUGGGUCGCAUGCUAGGUGCGCUCUUUCACUACGAACCACAAUUCCGAGGCCGGAGAGCUGUCACCUUUCAUAACCAACGAGACUAUAUAUUCUUCAGGCAUCAUCGGUAUGAAUUUACAAAAGACGGAAAACGCGCCAAGUUGUGCGAACUAGGACCUCGGUUUACUUUGAAGCUGAUCUCCCUUCAACAAGGGACAUUCGACUCGAAGCGAGGAGAUUACGAAUGGAUCAUCGCCGGCAGGAGACACCAAAUGGAAACAUCUAGAAGGAAAUUCUUUUUAUAGUUGCAAUUUCCGUGUGUUG